UUUACUUCUUGAUAUAUAGUUAUUAUUUGUAUUUCUCCAACACAGGGAUACAAUUGAGUGCACAUCAUUACUGCAACUUCUCAAACUAACCAGAGCUCCCACACUGGAAAAUAACUGUUAGGACCAUAGCAAAUCAAUUGUACAGUGAUUGGGGAGUGGCUGGUCAUCUGUGUAUCUGCCUGCAUUUCUAUCUCUCUUUGUUAAAGGUGACUGCUUCUUCUUAAGUCUGAAAAUAACCAGGACAUUAUGGAGGUGGCUGAGUUUAGUAAACAUGCUCAAUCCAUAGUGAACGUUAACAGAUGCUGGAACAAGAACUCAGCAAAUAUUUUUUCCCAUCUGUUGCAAUACUUUUAAUAAAGAAAAAAAGGGGUGUCUGCUUCAAAAGAAGUGGAGUUGGGGCCAUUCAUACACUUUCUAUAAUUAUCCAUGAAAUUCAUUUUUUGCACUGUUUUAUGGUGCUGCCACCAGCAUGUCACUUGUAAGCCUUUUUUUUUAUUAACCUCUGUUGCUCCUAUAGGCGUGCCUACGGUAUUACUCGGAAUCUGUUGAAAGUGUCAUUUUCCUCUGUGGUUUUCAGUCUUAUAUAGGGAACUAGAGAAAAGCUGUGUGACAGUGUGUGCUGGCAGCCGUCAAGAUGAACAACUCACAUAUCUAUGGUGGCAAUGAAUCAAGCUCCGAGUUCUGGGACAUAGAAAGUCCCCUGGCCUGUGUGAUCCUUGGCUUGUCUUUCCUCAUUGGGGUCCCUGGAAACCUGUUGGUCAUUGUGAUCAUUCUGCGCCACAUCAAGCACAGAUCCCACACCGUGGUGCUGAUCCUCAACCUGGCUGUUUGUGACUUUAUGGUCCUCAUCACUCUGCCUGUUUGGAUCUACUCUCUGGCUGAUGCCUGGGUCUUUGGGGAGACGUUCUGCAAGGCAAUGGUGUACGUAAUCUACUCCAGCAUGUACGGCAGCGUGUUCCUGAUCACGUUGAUGAGCGUAGAUCGCUUUGUAGCAAUCAUCUACCCUUUCACCUUGCAGAAAUGGAAGAAGAAAGGUUUCUUAUUCAAGAUGUUGGCUGUCGUCUGGAUCCUGGCUUCCCUCUUUAGCAUCCCUGCUAUUCUGCCACGGAAGGUUGACUAUGUGGACAGGAAGCUACAGUGCACUGACAAGGAGUACACUUCAGACAUGCAGGUUGUCGUUUGCCUGCUGCUGGAAACCUUGGUAGGUUUUGUCAUUCCCUUCUCUACCUUGUCUAUUUGCUACGCCUGCAUGGGGAGACGUAUAAAGCAAAUGACUUUCAAGACCAAACAGAAAUCGACUACGCUGAUUGCCAGUGUGGUGAUCGCCUUUGCCCUGUGCUGGUUCCCUUACCACAUAUUCAACCUGAUGACGGUGGUAUCUGUGCUGAUAAGAAAGUCAUACCCAGAAGCAGCAGACAGGGUUGAUGAAGUGGCCAAGACUGGGGCAUUGGUCGCUGGAGCCUUAGCCUUCAUCAGCAGCAGCAUUAACCCCUUGCUGUACGCCUUCGCUGCGCGCCGGUUCCGAAGCAGCCUGAGCGAAUCAGGAUUCAGGAAGCUCUUUCAUCACAUCUCCACCUCCACCUCACCCGAAAGGACAAACGAAAUGUCAGUUAUAUCAUGAGAACAAAUUUAUCAAACCGACCACUAGGUACUAUGCUUAACUGGGUAACAUUGUAUGUAUUAGAGUGCAUGCAGUAAUGUCAUAUAUACUGUAAAAUCCCUUUAUAUGCAUAACAUCAUGUUUUGGGUUUUUUUUUGUUUUGUUUUUUUUUUUGAGAUUUUCCAAAUGUAGAAUCCGACAUUUUAGCAAUGAAGGUGAGACAGUACUCCAAACUGUUAUAUUGUGCACGAUAGACAACAUAAUGCAAUUACCAGCUGUUCAAGUUAGUGGGUAAAUGGACAUCCCAAAAUUAGUGACAGUUUUAAAAAGUGCUGAGAGAAGGGGGUUCUAGGAGCAUACAUGGAAUUAUAGACAGACAGAGAAAGACUUGGAGUGUAGAAAUCAGCCUCUUAUCUCUGUAUAUAAAUGUAUACCCAGUGCCUUUUUCAGAAUUGCCACAUGAUCUAUUAAUGCUGUAACAAGUUUAAAAAUGCAUUGCGUAGGGAAAUGUGCAGAUUUUCUUUUUUAUGGAAAUGCACUUUCUCUAGUUUGUAGGUACAAUGGUAAAUUGACCAUUCUGCUUUUUUGUUAUGUGUGUG